AUGGAGGCUGGUGAGCAGGGGGAUAGGGGCUGGGGAAUAGAGAGCCAGGGACAAGAGGUGGAGGCUGGGGAGCAGGGGGAUAGGGGCUGGGGAAUAGAGAGCCAGGGACAGGAGGUGGAGGCUGGGGAGCAGGGGGAUAGGGGCUGGGGAAUAGAGAGCCAGGGACAGGAGGUGGAGGCUGGGGAGCAGGGGGAUAGGGGCUGGGGAAUAGAGAGCCAGGGGCAGGGGAUGGAGGCUGGGGAGCAGGGGGAUAGGGGCUGGGGAAUAGAGAGCCAGGGACAGGAGGUGGAGGCUGGGGAGCAGGGGGAUAGGGGCUGGGGAAUAGAGAGCCAGGGACAGGAGGUGGAGGCUGGGGAGCAGGGGGAUAGGGGCUGGGGAAUAGAGAGCCAGGGACAGGAGGUGGAGGCUGGGGAGCAGGGGGAUAGGGGCUGGGGAAUAGAGAGCCAGGGACAGGAGGUGGAGGCUGGGGAGCAGGGGGAUAGGGGCUGGGGAAUAGAGAGCCAGGGACAGGAGGUGGAGGCUGGGGAGCAGGGGGAUAGGGGCUGGGGAAUAGAGAGCCAGGGACAGGAGGUGGAGGCUGGGGAGCAGGUGGAUAGGGGCUGGGGAAUAGAGAGCCAGGGACAGGAGGUGAAGGCUGGGGAGCAGGGGGAUAGGGGCUGGGGAAUAGAGAGCCAGGGGCAGGGUAUGGAGGCUGGGGAGCAGGGGGAUAGGGGCUGGGGAAUAGAGAGCCAGGGGCAGGGGAUGGAGGCUGGGGAGCAGGGGGAUAGGGGCUGGGGAAUAGAGAGCCAGGGGCAGGGGAUGGAGGCUGGGGAGCAGGGGGAUAGGGGCUGGGGAAUAGAGAGCCAGGGACAGGAGGUGGAGGCUGGGGAGCAGGGGGAUAGGGGCUGGGGAAUAGAGAGCCAGGGACAGGAGGUGGAGGCUGGGGAGCAGGGGGAUAGGGGCUGGGGAAUAGAGAGCCAGGGACAGGAGGUGGAGGCUGGGGAGCAGGGGGGUAGGGGCUGGGGAAUAGAGAGCCAGGGACAGGAGGUGGAGGCUGGGGAGCAGGAGGAUAGGGGCUGGGGAAUAGAGAACCAGGGGCAGGGGAUGGAGGCUGGGGAGCAGGGGGAUAGGGGCUGGGGAAUAGAGAGCCAGGGACAGGAGGUGGAGGCUGGGGAGCAGGGGGAUAGGGGCUGGGGAAUAGAGAGCCAGGGACAGGAGGUGGAGGCUGGGGAGCAGGGGGAUAGGGGCUGGGGAAUAGAGAGCCAGGGACAGGAGGUGGAGGCUGGGGAGCAGGGGGAUAGGGGCUGGGGAAUAGAGAGCCAGGGACAGGAGGUGGAGGCUGGGGAGCAGGGGGAUGGGGGCUGGGGAAUAGAGAGCCAGGGACAGGAGGUGGCGGCUGGGGAACAGGGGGAUAGAGGCUGGGGAAUAGAGAGCCAGGGACAGGAGGUGGCGGCUGGGGAGCAGGAGGAUAGGGGCUGGGGAAUAGAGAGCCAGGGACAGGAGGUGGAGGCUGGGGAGCAGGGGGAUAGGGGCUGGGGAAUAGAGAGCCAGGGACAGGAGGUGGCGGCUGGGGAGCAGGGGGAUAGGGGCUGGGGAAUAGAGAGCCAGGGACAGGAGGUGGAGGCUGGGGAGCAGGGGGAUAGGGGCUGGGGAAUAGAGAGCCAGGGACAGGGGGUGGAGGCUGGGGAGCAGGGGGAUAGGGGCUGGGGAAUAGAGAGCCAGGGACAGGAGGUGGCGGCUGGGGAGCAGGGGGAUAGGGGCUGGGGAAUAGAGAGCCAGGGACAGGAGGUGGAGGCUGGGGAGCAGGGGGAUAGGGGCUGGGGAAUAGAGAGCCAGGGACAGGAGGUGGAGGCUGGGGAGCAGGGGGAUAGGGGCUGGGGAAUAGAGAACCAGGGACAGGAGGUGGAGGCUGGGGAACAGGGGGAUAGAGGCUGGGGAAUAGAGAACCAGGGACAGGAGGUGGAGGCUGGGGAACAGGGGGAUAGAGGCUGGGGAAUAGAGAACCAGGGACAGGAGGUGGAGGCUGGGGAACAGGGGGAUAGAGGCUGGGGAAUAGAGAGCCAGGGACAGGAGGUGGAGGCUGGGGAACAGGGGUAUGGGGCUGGGGAAUAG